AAUAACUCCUAUAAGCUACCCCAAUAGAAUCGAUUAACAAGUAGGACUGUACUUGUGGAAAGUUUUUGCAGGAUGUCUGUGAAGUUUUUGGAGGGAGAGGAUGGAAGCAAACUGAAGGUACUGGAGCAGGACGGAUUCUCUAUCCCAACGUUUCCGUUCCCAACACACGCUCAAGAAUACGCCACACUGCCGACAUGGAAAGCUAGAGAUGAUGAUUUACUCAUCUGUGCUUAUCCUAAAUCAGGCACGCAUUGGUUAUGGGAGGUGGUCUCAAUGUUAAAACAACAGAAAGCAGAACGGAUAGAUGCCAUUAAAGAAUGGAACAUGUUAGAAGGCAUACAGCAAGCUAAUUUUGACAGUCUUCCGUCGCCUAGAAUUAUGAAUACACAUAUAUAUUUCCGUCAUUUACCAAAAGACUUUAAGAAUAGGAAAUGUAAAAUUUUGUACAUGCUGAGAAAUCCGAAAGAUGUGGCCGUGUCAUAUUACAACCACCAUUCCAAGGUUUUAGAAUAUGAAUAUUCCGGUUCAUGGGAACAUUAUUUCACAAGAUAUCUGAAGGGGGAUGUUGAUUAUGGUUCGUGGUUUGAGUACACAUUAGACUGGGAAAGAGUUAUGGAAGAUAACCCCGAAUAUCCGAUACAUACACUUCACUACGAAUCCAUGAAACAGAACAGUUUAAAUGAAAUAAAACGAAUUGCAAAAUUCCUGGAAAUUGAAGCCACUGAUGAUUUGGUGCAGAAAAUUGAUGAUUUGUGUUCAUUUGAGAAAAUGAAAAAAGAGAAAAAUAAACAUGAAGAUGUGAAUGAAUGGAAAGAUAAAGAGCCAGGAAUGUAUCGUAAAGGACAAGUUGGUGAUUGGAAGAAUUGGUUCACUGUCGCACAAGACGACUUAUUUGACAAGUUUUAUAAAGAAAAAAUGUCAAAAUCAAAAGUCAAAAUGCAAUUCAGUGUAUAAAAUAAAUGUAGAAAAUAUUUAAGAAAUCCAGAAAUGAACAAUCAACAUUUAAUAUUAAAGGAUGAGGGAAAUAAUGUAUGACUAUAUAUGGUGCUAAGGAAAUAAUUGCCAUUACACAUUAUGUUCAAUUAUAUAAUAACCAGUCAAUAUUUUAUGUUAUUUGUUAAAUAUUAUACAUAAUAUCUUUUAUUUUUAUUUUUAUACACAGUAAUUUUCAUUGGUUUUAUGUCUAUACUAUAUAAAUAAAGCUACACACAUCCUGUAUUCGAUAUUUAAAUACAACUCAACCAGUUAAUUUUUUUAAUUUUAUCAAUAUCAAGAAAUUUUCAAAAAACGUAACCAAAAAUAAAAAAACAAAGUUUUUUCAUCUGAUACAUUUAUGUAUAUAUUUGUUAAAAACUUUUCAGCCAACAAGAAUCGUGCAAUCUCGUAUAAGGUGCACUAUAAACUUAUAACACUAAGAAUAAACUAACAAGUAUUUCUU